ACCGUCGGGAGCAGGCUCAGCAGAGGAGGAGUGUCCAUAAGGAGAGUUUCACCUUCUUGAAGAUUAAAGCCUAGCAGUUCUGAGCUAUUCCCAGUCCAAAUGUCUGCAAAAUUGAGAGAGACAUCAAAACUCCUUACACAAACUUCAGGGGACCCUGACUGCAUUCUGGUAAUGAAGGUGGAAGAGGGAGGGCAGGCCUGUAAUAUGGUCUCCAGCCGCCACUGGAGCAGCUACUACAGCUCAGAGACCUACCGCCAGUGGUUCAGGCAGUUUGACUACCAGGAAUCACCUGGGCCCCGGGAGGCUCUGAGCCGGCUCCGCGAGCUUUGCUGUCAGUGGCUGAGGCCAGAGGUGCACAGCAAGGAGCAGAUCCUGGAGCUGCUGGUGCUGGAGCAGUUCCUGGCCAUGUUGCCUGAGGAGCUGCAGGCUUGGUUUCAAGAGAACCGACCAGAGAGUGGAGAGGAAGCCGUGGUGAUGCUGGAAGAGCUGGAGAAAGAGCAUGACAGGGCGGCUGAACAGGUCUUUCUUGGACGAAAUGAGGACAUGCUUGCAAAGAAGCUACCAACUUGUGAAAUCACUCAGGAGACACCACGUAGCCAGCUUAAGCCCACAAAAAAGCAACUGCAGUGGGCAUCGAAGGAGCUUCACACCUUAAGACAAAAUGAUAGAGACACCGGAACUAUAAAUGUGAAAUCAGCUUCAAGGCGAAAGACUUCUUCAGGCAAAGAACUGCAUUACAAAGUUUCUAACACUCUUCAGAUGAAUGCUUCCCAGAGUUUCACAUUUAGAGGAACCUGUGAACAAGAUAGAAAGUUUGAAAGAAGACAGGGAAACCGUCCUCGAAAAAAACAACACAAGUGUGAUGAAUGUGGGAAAGUCUUUAGUCAGAGCUCAGCCCUUAAUCUACAUCAGAGGAUCCACAGUGGAGAGAAACCUUAUACAUGUGACGUGUGUGCAAAGUCUUUCAGCCGAAGUGCAAUCCUGAUUCAACAUCGAAGAAUCCACACAGAUUCAAAAUAUGAGAAUAGGAUUGAGGAGACCCAAAAGAAUAUGUACCUCAAGACCUAAGCUGAAAUGUCCAGGGUCAUUGUUAGGAAGCAGAUGAGUAAAGGGACUUUACUCAUCUCUUACGAAAACCAGAGAACCUACAUACUGUUUUGUUUCAAUUUUUAAAAUUGAGGUAUAGUUGAUGUAUAAUAUCAUCUAUAUAUACUGUUGAUGAUACUAAGUAAUUUCCUGUGUAGGAAAAAAG